UUUCGGUUACCUUUGCGGUCACUGACAUUAGUGACCUGACACUCUUCCACCACCCCAGUCAACCCACCUUAAAUUCAUCAGCAGCAGCCAUGUCCCACACGGUCGACAUCCCGCAGGAGAUCAAGACUGCCCUGCGCAAGUUCCGCUUUGCCCGCCGGGACCAGGGACAUGCAGCCAUCGUCAUUAAGAUCAACAAGGCGAAGCUGACGAUGGAGGAGGUAGAGCAGUUUGACAACAUUUCCAUCGAGGACCUCGCGGAAGAACUUCCGGAGAACAGCCCUCGAUACGUCGUCCUCUCCUACGAGCUUCACCACAAGGAUGGGCGAACGUCUUACCCCCUUGUCCUGAUCAACUGGGCACCAUCAAGCUCAGAGAUCGGCAUGCUCACCCUUCACGCAAGCUCCCUCAUCGACUUCCAGAAUACGGCGGACGUGAACAAGGUCAUCGAAAUCCGCGACGGGCCCGAAGGGCUCACCAAGGAGGCCAUCGAUUCGAAACUCGCGUAGACCUCAGUCUGGGCCAUGGAAUUUACUGUCGAAUUGUACUAUUUAUUCAACUUUGGGCUUGUUCUGCACCUCCCCAACUCCUGUAUAUGCAUCGAUCAUCUGUCCGAGGACCCAUCCGUGCCCCGCUACGUACACGAGGGACGACAUCCAUAGUGCAAGGAAGACGUUCUCGCCAAGGAACUCAAGCCUGAAGCCAUUCCAAAGCCAUAAGGCUUGCGAAAGCACCCAGACGGCGAUGGUUAAUACGGCCUUCCGCGGGGACAUGCGUAGCCGGGGCAUGAUGAGGGGUAGUAGCAG